ACUGUACCUCGUUGGACUGCUAGAUCUUAGUUUUUCCUUGUCCUGAGGCGCCAUCUAUCUGUCGGAGAGGGAAAAACACAAACAAGGGCAGAAACAUGGCAGCCACCACAAGACUCAUAUCAAGGUUGGCGGUUGUCACGGGAGGGGGCAGUGGGAUUGGCCGAGCUGUCUGUCAACGACUCGCAUCCGAGGGCGCCACCGUGGUGGUCGCUGACCUUAACGAGGAUUCGGCCAAUCAGACUCUGGGAAUCCUGACCCAUGACCUCAAAGGUCAAGACCACAUGGCGGCAGCCGUGGAUGUGUCGUCGAAGGAGAGCGUGGAGAAACUUGUCACUAGCAUACAGGGCCGGUACUUCCAGCCCCCCUCCGUGUGUGUCAACGCUGCAGGCAUCACUCAGGACGACUUCCUGCUCAAGAUGGAGGAGGCGGACUUUGACAAGGUCGUCCGGGUCAACCUCAAGGGUAGCUUCCUCUUCACCCAGGCUGUGUCUAAGGCCCUGGUGGCCUGCGGAGCGCCCAAAGGCUCCAUCAUUACUGUGGGCAGCAUCGUGGGCAAGGUGGGUAAUAUCGGCCAGGCCAACUACUCUGCCUCCAAGGCAGGAGUGGAGGGCCUCACCAGGACUGCUGCCAAGGAACUGAGCAGGUUUGGGAUCCGGUGUAACUGUGUCUUACCAGGGUUCAUCUCCACUCCCAUGACUGACAAGGUCCCAGAGAAGGUCAUCAGUAAGAUAACCUCCAUGGUUCCAUUGGGGAGGAUGGGAGACCCUGCAGAGGUUGCUGAUGUCUGUGCCUUCUUAGCCUCGGAUGACUCUCGCUACAUUACCGGUGUCAGUAUUGAAGUAACAGGAGGACUUUUCAUUGGCUGAGCUUUCCAUCAUCAUGGACAAUUAUGGGCAGCUUCCUGUUGUGCCUUCAACUUCCGAACCGGGAAUUCCAAAUCUGAAUUCUCAGAAUCCUCACCACUUAUUCAGCCAGGAGAGCUAAUGUGCCUUGACCUGUAAUUGUUCAUCUUUAAUAGUGAUUCAUUUGACAUGAAGUCAAGUGGAUCUGUACAGUGUACAUUUAAUUAACUUUGAAAUAUAUAAUGAUUCGGAGCAUAAAUUCCCCUCUGAAAAUAAUCUGCCAUGCUAAGCUAGAUGAGGAUGUUGGUCAGAGAUGUAGAUAUAGAUGCAAAGACACACACACACACACACAAAGGUGCAACACACUAAGAAGCUUGGCACGCAGACAGGAUGCGCUGGCAUGUGGUUUAAUCAAAGACUUUGAACAGAAAGACAUCAACAAGCCAAGAAUGGAUCCAAGACAGUGGAGCUACAGUACACCAAAGCAACUGAAGUCUAAGAG